AUGACCACACCCACCAUGGCCCAGCCUACGGCCGCCCAAGCCAACGGCACCUCAGAAUCGCCAACCCUCGAUAAGGCGCAAUCCGUCGCCCCAGGAAAGCGAAAACGCGAUGUUGAAGAAGAAGAGGAUCGCGAUGAGGAAAUGGUUUCCGAUGAGCAAAAGCCUGCCAUUACCAAUGGGGAACCCAAAAAAGACCAACGCGACUUGAUAAAAUCUUUCGUUGAAGUCCUUAGCAGCUACGACGUCGGUCCCUCCAUCCUCAAGCGCCCCCUCCCCGAAUUUUUUGAUGGUGACGACGAAGACGAUCAUCGAGUAAAGCGUCAGAAGUCGACCGACCUGUCCACCAUCUCCGACAAGGCUACUGCGAAUGUGUAUGAGGAUCUUGACCAGGUGGCCGAUGACCUGGUGUCCGCAAUCCAUGUCGCUCUCAAGGAAAUCAAGAUGCAGCCUUCUGAUGAUAAGGAUGAGUCGGCCGACGACACGUUGAGGACACAAAUCGCAGAUUUCAAGGACAAGGCCAUGCAACUUCUUCGUCGAGAAAAGGCCUACCCCAAGAUUAGUUCAGACCCUCUUCCCGUCGAGGCCAAGCUGCCGUCAUCUCCUCAAAGGGGAGAAUUGGCACUCUCUGUUGUCGGAUUUGCACCUCAAGAGAAGAGACUAUUCUCCAGUCUUCCAGUUUCCAAUGAAACCAACUUGCGUGACCUGGCCCUGCCUCCGGGCGUAUCAUUAACGCACAUAAUGCCCGCAUCUUCCCAUGAACGAGCCCAGACCCUGGGGGAUUUGUUUUCAUCACCUCGGUCUUUGCCACCUUUACAACCCCCCAAGCAGCCCAAGACACAAGCCAAGGGCAACACGCUGGAUUUUUAUCAUCCAGAACUGACCGACAACUGCAAGUUCCGAAAUGCUAGUUACUUCACUACUAAGUUGUCUGCAGGGUGCUACCUUGACUAUAGCAACGCGACCCCUUCGUCACAAACCUUGAACAAACAACGAGAACGUGCGCAAAGUCUAGCUGGAAAGCGACCUUCGACCACCGAACUUGAGUUGUCUGAGAUGGAAUCCCUUUUCCGGGGCGCAUUUUCCAGUUUUGCUCCUUGUAAGGACGACUCAGGAGCACUAGUGCCAUCCAGCGUAGCGGGUCGAAUGUGGUGGCAGCGAUCGGGACACAAGAACUUUCAGAACAUGAUCGAGGUUGAAUACUACGGCAGCGCUAACGAUGAGGAGAAGACCGAUAAAAACAAUGUCAUGGAAAUUGACGAGAAGGCUAUCCAGGAAGCGAUUGAUAACUGGGACGAGUCCGUCGUUGAUCCGUCACUGGAAGAGGCUCUGGGAACUAAGCGAACGAACGAGGAGAAGGAAGCGGAUGAGAUCCUUGAAGAGGUCACCGACUUGAUCGAAACACUGUCUUCCUACCAGCGUAUUCGAAAUCUCAACCUCCCCAACUCACAAAACCGUUCAUCGAGCGACCCAGUCACAGGUGAUAUGCUGGCUACCCCUGGCCCGACUCCUUCUGAGGGUGAGCAAGCUACGUACCAGGUGCUCAAGGCUCAGCUUGCAUUGAUCAUCAAGACUCUACCACCGUACGCAGUAGCCAAAUUGAACGGAGAUCAGCUCGAGGAUCUUCUCAUCAGCACCAAGGUCCAGGUUCAGACCGAUGGUUACAAGGGAGUUAUGGAAGAGGAUGAAGCGGGUGUUCAGGCCCGGUUGAGAGCCCAGCAACAAGCUGCCCAAGUCAACGCUCGACCACCUCCACAACGUACACCUAGUAUAUCGGGUGUUUCUUACGGGCAUCACACGCCCCAGAAUCAGUAUGCAACCCCUCAACGAACCCCUUCAAUGUCGCAGCAACAAUACUACAGGCCUGGACCUACACCAAGCUUUCAGCCUCAGCCGCGGCCUAUGCCUGCUCAAGCCCGACCCCCUCAACCUAACCAGUAUUCCCGACCCAACGGGUACCCUGCGCAGUACGCAACCCAAGUUGCGAAAGCUCAAACUCCUUACGGCCACCAGAAUAUGCCUCAGUAUGCUUCUCAACAAAGACCUCAGUUUGGACAGAUGCCGGCUCAACCAGGAACGCCUGGUCAGAGAUACCCUUUCCAGCCAGGCUAUCCCCAGCAGCAAGCUGCUACCCCUGCGCAACCCAACUUUGGGGUUUACACGAACGGGCAAGGCAUGCCGCAACGCACGAUGUCCCCUGUGGUCAAUAGGCAAGCCUACAACGCAUCGCCGAAUAAUAUGCAGCAACAGCAGCCCCCGCGAUAUGGCACGCCGAAUCAAGCGGCGGGAAAUCAAAUGAAUAGGUACCCGAGCAACCCCCCUCAACAAGGAACACCUGCUCAGAACCCUGGACUUACAGGAUAUCACACCGUUAUUCCUGAGGCACAACAGCAACGCAUCCUCGAUCAAGCGAAAGCCAGGGUUGCUGCCCAGGAGCGGUCCGCCAUGUUCACCGACAAGAUCGCGCAGCCAGGCACGCCCGGUUAUGGAGUAGGAAAUGGCUCGGUGGGUGUCAUGGAUGCCAACAGGCUUGCAGCUGCUCGGGCAAGCAUCGCCGCCCAGCAGAAGCCCCCGACACCCAACUCUUCACGAUCGAGUAUGAAUGGGACACCAGGACCACCGCCUCCGCACAAGGUGACUCCUGUCCCAGUCCCACCAAUUCCAGGCAUGCAGCAUAAGCCAUCGCAAUAG